UGAUUUGAAAAUGGAAUUCAUCUCUCACGAUUCAGCUCAAAGCGCAAAUUAUGUAGACAGCUGCAUCCUUGUAGCGCCUAAAGAGAACGACGACCCGGUUGAGAUCCCUUUGGAACACGACGGAACUGUGCUCAUGAGCAGUAUACAGAGUCAAUUUCCAAACGCGAUUGGAAUCAAGUUCAGAAAUCCGGCCACUAGAGCGUUUCGAGCGGUGAAAUUGGCUGAUAACGUGUUGUAUCCGCCUAACUUGGAGAAUGGCUGGGGGGCCAGUGAUGUCGUGUAUAUUGUGAACGUGCUAGCUGGCGACGCGAGCGGGACCCCCAGACAGGAACCAGAACAAGAAAAACAAGUUGAUUCGAGAAAACGCGGUUUAUCGACCGUCGGAAAUCAGGUCAACGGAGAAGGAGAAAUGACUCGUGCCAAUGCAGCCAAACGAGCUCUGAGCUCCAUCUGUUCCGAUUUGAUUGUGCUCAAUCUUCCGUACACUUUCUCGGACACUGAUCUGAGAAACCAGUUUGUAGAGUAUGGCGAGUUGGUUCUGUGUGAGAUCAAGAAGGAUCAGAACAGCGGGAAGUCGAAAGGAUUUGGGUUCGUGCGGUUCGCCAGUUAUGAGGAUCAGAAAAAAGUGCAAGGUCAAACACUGACUAUCGAAGGAAGGAGGGUGGAAGUUAAAAAACCGAAAUCGGCCACUCAACAAGACCCAGUGGGACCCUUGACCUCUUCUCGUCUGUUUGUGGGUCAACUGGAUGAGUCAUGCACCAGAAGUGACUUGGAAGAAUACUUCAGCCAGUUUGGGGAUAUUUUGUCCAUGUUCUAUGAGCAGGGCAAGAAGAACUACGCGUUUGUCGAGUUCGAAGAUUGGGAGAUUGCCAAGGCUGUUCUCAAAGAGAACGAUCACUGGAUUAAGGGAAAACAUAUUAUAAUCCGUCCAGCUGAACGUCGAAGCAAAGGCAACCCGCAGCAAAAUGGUGUGGCCGUUCAGAAUCAGAAUCUGCCUCCUUAUCCGUCUGCUAUGAGUGGGGACUCCCCUUAUGGAUAUGACUCGAGACGAACUGAUUUGGGCCCGUACUCGGCACAGAAUGGGGCGCCACAUUACAACUCACGAAAUUCAUUCGAAGGGCCCCAGGACAGCAUGUACUCUUCGCCAGUUGCCCCCUCUUCGGGCGGACUGGGCAACAUUGGAAACAGCGGAGGAGGAGGUGGUGGCUUCAAAGGGGGAGAGGCCAUGAUGAGCACUAUGGCUAAAAUGAUGGCGGAGGCAGUUUCCAACCAACUGGCUUCUCAGUUCGCACCACACCAAGCUAGCAGAGGGGGAGCAGGUAGCAAUGCGGGAUACUAUGAGUCAGCAAAUGGCGCUGGGGGAUUCUACGGACAUGAAAAGUAUGGGCCGCAAGCAGAGGCUGCAUUCAAUGCCAGACCGAGGUCACCCUCUCCUGCAAGAACCAAGCCCGACCCCUAUAUGACAUCUGCCGAGUUCGGUCGAUACAUGUCGAGAUAGAGGGUGCAAUUAUUUUGUCAAAACAAACUAAAAUCCUCUUAAAAUUAUAUAUUGGAGCUUAAACGCCGUAAAUUCUGUUGAAAACAUUCUUCCAAUACUUAAGGUUGUCAUUUCCCUCUGUUGUUAGCUGUCUUUGCAUAUGAUGUAGUAUCUGUUAAAAAAAAAAUUUUUCAUAUUUAUUGGUGUACAAAACUUAUUGAUCUCUUCGAUUUCAAAAAGCUAAAUAUGCAUGCUUAAAAAAUUUAGUUUCAAAAAUUCAUUUAUUUGAGCUAUGUUUUGCAA